AGUCGCGCCUUUCUGAUCCCGCUCGUGUUUCGCGAUAUCUCCCAAGAGACAACGAUGGAUUUGAAGCGAAUAUUAAACUCCUCGUCGUGGCGCCAGUGCAAUCGACUAUCGAAACGAUCCACCAGGCCACGUAGCCUAUGAGUAUGACCCGCUUUCCGGGCGUCAAAGUUGUGCCUAUUUCCGUCCUGCUCCCGUGAGAUAAGCCGCGUUCGAGAAGUGUGACGACCCGCAGUCCCUGUCUGCCCCUUCCCGCGCUCAUAAACAUUUGAUCACAACAGACGAACGACCUUGUCUGAGACGCAUUUUAAACUCAUCAUUCGUUGACCUCGCCAAUCGUUUCGUGCGUAAUUUUGACCGAUCGCUGCAGCCUUACGAAAUCCCGGGUGAUUCAUAAACGAGAAAGUUACAAAAUGUGUCCAGACGAGGUGCUCGCGCAGCUCACGGAGAUGUUUGGCGAUUGCGUCGGUCCACAGCGAAUCGUGGACACGAUCGCGAAGCACAAUGGUAACUUGGACGCGUGCAUCGAAGCCCUCUUAAAUAAUGAUGAAGAAGCGACUAGAAAGGACAAACCACCGCCACCAGCGAGUUCGGUACCGGUGGCCACAGACUAUCAGAAUGGACCCGACUCCUCGACAGGCGCCAGAAGGAAAACCACUGGUCCAGCGCUUGCUAAGAAUCAGCAGGAAGAAAACAUUACAGCAAGCUUUGCUUCUUUGCUGCAGAAAGGAAGCUUCCCGGUGCAGCAGGCGGGUAGCACGGGUAACCUGCAUGCACCACGGCUUCAAGGGAAGCAUCCCCCACCGAACCUACCGAACAAUUUCUCCUCGAUCAUUGAAAUGGUAUCACAAGGACAACGAGUUAUGGUGCUUAUGCGUGGUGCCCCUGGCAGUGGCAAAUCACACCUAUCGCGCCUGCUUAUCGAUCGUACAUCGGCCGGUGAUUAUCGGAAUCACAUUAUCAGCGCGGACGAUUACUUCUUGGUGAAUGGUGUAUACAAGUUUCAACCGGAUGCUCUCGAUAAUGCUCACCAGUUUACGCAACGUAGCGUACUGGCGAAAGCACGGGAGGGUUGGAGUCCCAUCGUUGUGGACAACACCAAUAUACGACUCUGGGAGAUGUUCCCGUACGUACAGAUCGCAGCCGAUCAUGGCUACUACUUAGACAUCCUCGAGCCAACAACGCACUGGCGCAACAACAGUCGCAGCCUUGCCAUACGGAACACGCAUGGUGUACCGGAACCGAAAAUCAAGCAAAUGCUGCUAAACUUCGAGAAGCUCACGAACGUCCAGGAAUUGUAUCGAUUGUGCAAGCUCGAACACACACUCUACAUUCCACCGAAAAUGCGUCACUAUCCCAUACUGCCGAGCGAUUUGGAUGUACCCAAGACAACGCAAAACGAAGCCCACCAAACGCCCACCAAAUUCACUAACCCGAAACCCUCGGUACCGAGAUGGGAUGACGAUUGGUCAUUGAUGAGGGAUGCGAAAGAUGCAAAGGAAGAUGAGAAAUCUAUGAAUGGGCCGCCGACACCGUCGAUAAUGGAGGUUGAUUUGGCUAAAAUGCCGCUUCCAAAGCCACCACGUGCAGCAGAUCCACAUACACCAUAUCGGCACGAACCGAUGGCUUUACAAGGUGCAGCAGGCGCUGCCUCCAAUCACUCCGCCACCCGUGGGUCAUCGCUGGAGGAGGAUAACUUCUCUUGGGAUUUUACCGAGGAUUGGCGCGUAAUGGACAACUGGAAGCCAUACGAUAAAGAGAGCACUCAAUUUUGGGGACAACCAGAACCAUCCGUCACGCCAGUACGUGAUCGAGGGAAAGAAUCUCCUCAAGCGACGACGUUGUUAUUCGGCGCGCCACAACCGAUGCGACCCAGAAAGGGUGAAAGCGAAACGCGACCGCACAGUACAAGCGAUGGAUUUUCAACAAAAAAACAUAACACCACCCCUGAGAAGACUGGGCUGAACCGUCACAAGCGAGGAUGUCCGAAUGAAAAUGCCAGUUUCUCCGAAAUUUGUGCCCUUUAUCCGAAGGUACCAGAGGCCUAUCUAUGGGAUCUGUUCGAAAAGUGCAGCGGUGAUGGUGAUUGGGUAGCGAACCUGUUGCUCGAAGAGCAAAAGCUGGAAAAUUUUGAAAGUGUCUCUCAAACUGAUCCGAGUGAAGGCGAAGAUGUGGCAGGGGCACUACAGCAACUCGAGUGUAACUGCCAUGAACCCUCGCAGCCAAUGAAAGGCGAACCGAUCAUUGACUCGUCGAAAAUGGGUUCCAUAGAAACAGUGGUUGAUAUUGAAACGGAUCGAUCUUCAACACCGGAUAGGGGACGAUUGCUACAGCAGCAAUCACCCAGGGAAACGAUUCGCCGUGGGCAGGAAGGCCGCGAGGCGGCUAAGAAAGAGUUAGAAGCACGAGUUGUGCUCGGGAAUGAACACUUCUCGGAGCACAUCCGCAAAAUCCGCCUGGGGAAGGGGAUUGUAGCAGAGCAGAUUGCCGAUUCGCCGACGGACGAGAUGGAAGUCGAUGUUGGAGAUGGUAAGGGAACCGACAGUGAGGUCGUCGAGAUGCAGCUCGGUGUAGAGCUUGUGCAGCAAUUGCAUUCCAUCUUCAAGGACAAACACUGCCCCAAAUCCCUCGUGCUUGACAAUCUGGCCGCCGACCGUACUCGUGUUUUCAUGGCAACGGAAAUGGCGGAACAGUUGUAUCUGCUGUUCCUCGAUUCGAUGUACAGCUUCACGCAGGAGGAGAAACUCUCCAACAUGCGUCAGGAUGCGCGCAUGGCCCGGUUGAUGGAAACGAAGGAAAAGUAUCCGGCACUUUUCAAACCACAAGACCCAUCGGCUAUUCCGAGCUUGCGUGACAUUAUCGAAAUGGAGGAAGCGUUGGCCGCCUAUCAGAAGGAGACCAGUGAAACCAUGCAAAAGGCCAUUCCAAAAGAUCUCGCUUAUCAGAUGUCUCAGCAAAAGCUUAAAGAAAUGUUCCCUCAAGUGGACUCGAACGAUCUGCUACAGAUAUUGGCCGCACACAAUAACCGCUUCGAUGAAACUGUCCAAGUGGUGAACGCAUCCAUUCCCGAGCAAGUGCGCCGGCAGAUGCAAGAGAAAGAACAGCUACUCAAGGAACGUGCCGAGAGUGAAAAGCAAAAGCUGAUUGAACUUUUUGAGUCGCCAGAUUUGGUCUCCCCGGUACCAAGUUCCUCGAGCCUCGCUGGCGAGGAAGCCAUCAACUUUCACCUUAUUACCGCCGAAGAGUGCCGUAACUUGUCCCAACAUCAUCGCGAUCUGAGAAACGAGUGUCACGAAAAGGCACGACUUGCCAUCCAGCGCGGUGUACCGGGAUUAGCCGAUUACUACUCGCAGAUCGCUCGUUUGCACCGGACCAAGAUCGACAUGUACGAUACUCGAGCUUCAAACUGCAUUAUGGAGGUGCACAAGUUAAAGCUCAAUAAUGCCAAUGUCCUUGAUCUGCACUAUCUCCACUCGCAAGAAGCUCUUCGGUGUCUGGAGCUCUUUUUAGCCGACCAUGCUUCGAAGCUGCUCAAAUCACAGCAACGCUUCCGUACACUCUACAUCAUAACGGGACGCGGAUUGCAUUCGGCCGACGGUAAACCCAUCAUAAAACAGCGCGUUCAAGCGUUGCUUCGCACGAAAAACAUACGGUAUACCGAGCUCAAUCCUGGUUAUCUCAAGAUUAAGCUCUACAACCGUGAUGAUCUCGAGCAGCUUAUGGCCAUGGAGUAGCACUGCCGUCAAUACGUUCUCCGAGCAUGUUGGAUGACGGCACGCUCCUGCAGCAGGAAACGAAGGAAACGGAAUAAGAAGCGAACCAAGUGUACUUACCCGUCUCCGGACCAGACAAACGACGUACCUGACUAUAGGGCCAUAAUUUUAAAGAUGAAUGCGUUGCAAUCGAAGAUAUUCCUCGAUUCGUCCACCCCAACGGUGGAGGCCGUGGGAUCGGAAGCGUUUCGCGCUAGACAAUGAUUUUAUAGGUCGUAUAGUUCAAAGUGCAAACAGAGAAAGACAUUGCUGAAGAGCAAACUAUUUUGCUUUCUUUUGUAAAUAAAUAUUUUCUUUUUCCAAAAAUAAGGAGCUUUUCCAAAAAGCAAAAACCCAAGGCUACGCAGCGAUCAGACUAGUUUCUCCUUCUGCGCGGAUCCCGAACCCGGUUCCACAAAUUUUGCUUCUCGACCGUGUUGUUCAUAUCCCAGAGACGCUCUAGUGUACGAUUACGUUCCCGCUGGCCUUCGAGUGGAAAAUAGUGCACGGUUUUGGUCGAUAAGAUGCUCUCUUUACUUCGCACCGACCAGGCACUGUUGCACGGUUUAGUCUACCGCAGGACAGAAAGGAAAAUGAAUCCGGUGAUUAGUGAUAAAAAAAUGAGGCGCAUGGUUCGCUAUAUCAACGCAGUCGUACCGACAUGUCCGGAAGCUCUCUUAAUUGACGUUUAAUUUCAUCCAAAUCGCAAACUGAAUCCGCUUGAAGAUACUCCCUGUCUAGGUUUUGAAAACUUAUCGAAAAUUUUGACCAUUUCUUAUGCUCGCUAUAAAAGAGA